GAGCCCAGCAAGGCUAAGCGGACGGUGGCGCUCCCCCCCGAGGUGUGUGUGCGUGUGCGUGUGUGUGCGUCCGUGUGCGUGCGUGCGGCACUGUGUACGUCACGCUGCCCAGGGGAUCCGCGGUGGACUGUGGUGGUGGUGGUGGUGGAGUUUGUGGUGACGGUAGUGGUGAUGGCUAUAGUGGUGGCGGUGGUGGUGGUGAUGUGAUGAGUUAAAAGUCUUUGAGCUUUUUUUUACCUGUGCCUUAUUCCUCCACGUCCUUCCCUUCCACCUCUCCACCUCACCUCUUCAUCUUUUCUUUCCUCUCUAUCUCCUUUUUUUCUCUCUUCUUAUCCUCCUCUUUUCUCUUUUUUUUCACCUUUUUCUCUCCUCUCCUCCGUCGCCACACUCGCCACCACGGCCACGCCUCCCUCCUUCCCCUUCCUCCCCCGCCACCACGCCCUCACCUCCCCCUCGUCGCCCCCAGAGUGCCAGUGUCAGGUGCCACUGGGGCCUCGUCGCUCUCGACAUGGGAUGACCACGACCAUGACAGAUGCUCCAACCUUCGGGCUGGCGUCAGGGGAAGCCCGGAGUGGGGCGGGGUGACGUGGCCCUUUUGAGGAGCCCCUGGGGUGUCCACGACCCCCAGGGGAAGAUCAGCGACACGCGCCCACGUCCCCCAGCCCACCACGCCCACCAUGAACAUCGCCAAGCUGCGACACACGCUGAUGCGGUCUCGCACGCCCACGGGCGCCGAGAUGAAGCAACAGAACAGCCUGGAGGUGCCACCGCAGGUGCGCUCCGCCUCCUUCGACGAGAUGCAGCUCAAGCCGGGCCGCCGCGAGUCGUCCUCGUCGUCGUCGUCGCCGGCAGAGCGUCAGUCGUUUCUCCUGCGCGUGCCCUACCUGGGGCCCAAGCGCUCCAAGAGCUUCGACUCUGGCUGCGGCGACGUGGACGACACCGACUCGUCGUCGCGGAAGAAGAGCUCGCGGCCGUCGUCGCUGGACAAGAGCAGCCAGCAGUGCGUGCAUUGCAUAUACGUGGAAGAGCUGACGCGCCGCUUCGGGGGCGAGCCGCGGCGCAUCUCGUACAACACCUCGCUCGACAUGGUCAGCAGCCUCGAGAGCUCGCGGGAGGAAGUCGAAGACGAAGACGACGAUUGGGACGACGACGACAGCUCCAACGACGAGUUGCACGAAGUGAUAUGCGGCAUCAAGGUCACGCUAAGUCCGAACUCGCCGUCGUCAGCGUCGCCCACGCAGGAGGAGGCACCGCUGCCCGCCGCGCCGCCCCGUGCCAAGGCUGCCUCGCCCAAGCUGGAGCGCCAGCCCGCCGUCUUCUGCAUGAAUACCAGCGCCGAACUCAGCUCGCAGGAAAACAGCUUCGACCUGAGCGACGGCGGCUACAGCCACCACGGCUCCUACCUGUACCUGGGAUCCUCCAGCGAGUACGGCGACGCAGAGCACGGAGAGCAGGGCGGGGAGGCGGCGGCGGCAGCAGGGGGAUCCGGGGGGGAGCGCCCGCGGGAGGGCGUCACUGACGUGUACCUGGAGGUGCCGGCCCGUAGGGACCGCGCCGCCUCACUCGACAUCUCCUUCGCCAGCUUCCCUAAGCCCGAGGAGCUUAGCAAAAGCUCCCCUGCUGGACUCACCCGAUCCUGCUCCCUCGAGCCGCCCAAAGCCCUGCGCUCCAAAAGCAUCGACAUCGAGCUGCCCACGGAGGAGGAUGGCGACUACAAGGUGGUGGUGACCUCGCCCAAGUCUGCCAAGAAGGCGAUCAACUCGGAGGUCGAGAUCCAGUGUGAAAAUGGCGAGCGCCGCGUCCUUCGCUCCACCUGCGACUGGAACGAGGGAGCCAUCAAUGGCGACCACCUGUGGUGCCCCACCUCCGCCUCGGGGGACUUCUGCUACGUCGGCGAGGAUUAUUGCUGCAAAUCCGGGGCUCGUAUGAAAUGUUCGGCGUGCAAGAUCAUUGCCCACACAGGAUGCAUCGCCGCCCUUGUUGAGAAGGUGAAGUUCCCUUGCAAACCUUCCUUCCGCGAUGUGGGGCCACGCCAGUACCGGGAGCAGACCGCCACACACCACCACUGGGUCCACCGACGUAACCAGAAAGGGAAAUGCAAGCAGUGUAGCAAGGGUUUCCAGUCGAAGCUUCUGUUUGGCUCCAAGGAGAUCGUGGCCAUCAGCUGUUCGUGGUGCAAAGCGGCGUACCAUAACAAGGAAAGCUGCUUCAAUAUCAGCAAAAUUGAGGAAACGUGUUCUCUUGGUAUCCACACCAGUAUCAUUGUGCCUCCCUCCUGGAUCGUCAAACUCCCUCGUCGUGGUUCCUUCAAGUCCUCCCUGCGCAAAUCCCCCAAGAAGAGGAGCUCCACCAAGAGAAAGAGCAGGGACAAGGAGGGAGGAGAGGGUCAGAACGACAAGGAGACUCGGCCCUUCGCCAUCAAGCCAAUUCCCAACGCAAAUAUCAAGCCUCUCAUUGUCUUCAUCAACCCGAAGAGCGGCGGCAACCAGGGCGCCAAACUCAUGCAGAAGUUCCAAUGGCUACUGAACCCUCGCCAGGUGUUCGAUCUAACGCAAGGAGGCCCCAAGGCAGGGCUGGAAAUGUUUCGCAAAGUGGCCAACCUGCGCGUGCUGGCGUGUGGCGGUGACGGUACGGUGGGCUGGGUGUUGUCCGUGCUUGACCAGCUCAACUUCCAGCCUCCCCCUGCUGUGGCCGUGCUUCCCCUCGGCACUGGCAAUGACCUGGCUCGUGCUCUCGGUUGGGGCGGCGGCUACACAGACGAGCCAAUCAGCAAGAUCCUGUGCAACAUAGCGGAUGGCGAGGUGGUUCACUUGGAUCGGUGGCGCGUGGAUGUUACCAAGAAUGAAGACUUUGAGCCGACAGAGGAGGGGCGUGACACUCUUCCUCUCAGUGUGGUCAACAACUACUUUUCCUUUGGUGUUGAUGCUCAUAUCGCCCUUGAGUUCCACGAGGCAAGAGAGGCAAAUCCACAGAAGUUUAACUCUCGCCUGCGCAACAAGAUGUUCUACGGGCAGGCCGGCGGGAAGGAUCUCCUGCAGCGGAAGUGGAAGGACCUCUCAGACAAUUGCACGCUGGAGUGUGAUGGCAAGGACAUGACCCCCAUCCUGAAGGAGAACAAGGUGCACGCGGUGGUCUUCCUCAACAUUCCUAGCUACGGCUCAGGCACCCACCCUUGGAACAGGAGCAGUGGCAUUGAGCAGCAGACGGACGAUGGCAUUAUUGAAGUCAUCGGCCUCACCACAUACCAGAUGCCUCUGCUCCAGGCGGGAGGACACGGCACCACCAUCUGCCAGUGUAAACGAGCAAAGAUCAUCACCAAGAAGACAAUCCCAAUGCAGGUGGACGGCGAGGCAGCGAGAGUCAAUCCAAGCAUCAUUGAGCUGACACAUCUCAACAAAGCAUUGAUGGUGACCAAGAAGAAGGCAAAAUCUGUCACGAUACCUCACCUGGAGCAGCUGCGUCUCCAAGUGUCUCGCAUCACCAUGUUUGAUUACGAGCAACAUCACUACGACAAGGAGAAACUUCGCUCCACCUCCUCCUCCAUUGGUCUCAUCAUGAUUGACCAGGAUGCUGACUUAGAACAGGUUCGCAAGCACAUCAACAGAAUGAUGGAAGAGAAUACCAACCGUACUCGCCCCAACAAGCCCCUGUCUGAGAGCUGGUGCUUCCUGGAUUCCUGCACUGCUGAGAGGUUCUUCCGCAUUGACCGAGCACAGGAACACCUCCACUAUGUCACAGACAUCUGCACUGAGGACCUCUUUGUGUUGGAUCCAGAGCUUACCGACCCCACCAACAUCAGCGGAGGCAUGAGAGGGGAUGUCAGCGUGGACAACGACAUAGACCACAGUGAGCGGCUCGCUAUGGUAAGCGACAGUGACUCGGGAGUGGGCGGGAAUGAAGCCGACCAAAGGGGAGUGGGCGGGAGUGAAGCCGACCAAAGGAUCCCGACACCGGCCCUCACCCCACACCAGGAUUCCUCAGAUGCAGGGGAGGAGGAGGAGGUGGCCCACAGCUUGCAUGAUCGUGUCUUUGGUCACGAGUACUUCCCUCCCAGCCACUUGUUGGAAAAGAAUUCAGAGGGAAUCAUCAAGGCAGCCAAGCAAGGAGACCUCAAGAUGCUGAAGGACCUCCACUCCCAAGGGUACUCACUUCUCUCCAUCGAUUCGCGUGGACAGACGGCACUUCACUUUGGGGCGCGACACGGCUUCAAGGACAUCGUGCGCUACCUCAUUGCCUCAGCCCCCGCCUCCAUCCUCGACAUGGUGGACAAUGAGAGGGGACAGACAGCGCUACACCAGGCUGCCCAGAACCGCCGCCGCACCGUGUGCUGCAUGUUGGUGGCUGCCGGCGCCUCCCUCACCAUCAGGGACCUGCAGGGCAACACACCACGAGCACUGGCACAGCACGCAGACGACCAGGAACUCGCUGCCUACCUGGAGAGCCAGGAGCAGUUUCAGACCAUGGUACACGAGGACCUUGAGACCACAGUAUGAUGGAGGCUGAUCCUGACCCUUCCCACACACACACUCUCCUGCCCCAAACUCCACCCACCCGAGCAGCAACCGCCGCUCGGGGGUGCCUAGGUGUGCUAGUCCAGAACUGCAGUGCGACAGAAAAAGCAGAGCAAAGAAUCCCUCUUGUCUGUGUCAGGUUAUGGUGGGAUGGUGAGAGUCUGUUCAUCUCUAGUCAGUCUGCAGAGCUCCAUCUGAAGUGUUGUGAGUGAAGUGAAUGGGUGAAGUUUUUGUGUGAGGGAGUGUGGCUUUGGGAGGAAGUGUGAGGGUCUUGUAGUGUUUGUUGUGACCAGCAGGUAUUGGUGGUCUGGAAACAGUGAACCUCAAAGACUGAUUGGCCGCUGGUCUUCCACUGUGAACGACUUUGGACAGUGAACUGAAGUAGACCAAGCUGCCACCCUAAGUCAUUCCAGUCAAGUUUAAGAUAUAUUUAAUGUGUCUGUGUAUUGCGUGUGUAGAAUUUUUGAAGCCCUUAUAUCUUUAGUAUUUAAUACCCAUAAUCUACAUACAGUAAUGCUCCCCCUCCUUCUGUAAGCUUAGUGUCCCUUUUGUGCUUCAGAUAUAUGCUAUAUAAAUGAAUAUAUAUAUAUAAAUUAUAUAUAUAUGAAAAUAUAUAUAUAUGAAUCUUUUCAAGGGUAAUAUAUCUCUUUGAAUUUCAGAAAUUUAUGUACUUUAAUAUUGUUGUUUUCUCAAAGUUACGUUUCUCUUGUAUGGCAUCAGUAGUUAGUUGUGUGCAGUUUGGACAUAUCAGUAUCAGUAUCCUAGUGAUGUAGCUUCUGGUUUCUUCCUCACCAUUAGUUUCCAGGUCAGCAGGGCGGGAGAUUCAGAGUCUUGGCACAGAGGCACAAUGUGAGAGGGAGGCUGUGGGAGGCUUGGACAAAACAGAGGUUGAACAGACAGUAGAGGCUCUGAAUGGAGGCUAUGGACAUAUAGGGUUGUUCUCUGCAUCAUGUUUCACUACCACUAGUUUGUGUGGGCACGUUAUGAAAAGAUGAGGCUGCUCAAGACACGUAGUAAGUUGAUUUGCCGCCAGCGUGGCAGUGCUAGCCUGAAUUGCUUGGUGGCGUCCCGUGCGCUGUCUCCCCCAAAGUGCCAAGCAUGAGGCUAGUGGCCCGGUAGCAAUCCUUAGUGACUGUAGUGCUCCUGCCAGCAAUGUGUUAAGUGCGGCCACAGAACCAAGAACUUGCACUUCCCCUUCCAUUUAAUUUUACGUACUACUUCCUCAUAAGCAGAGGCCGUUUCAUGUCGGCCUUUUUAUCGUUAGUGCCCUACGAGGUGUUUCCAGUAUUGGUUGUAUUGAAUAUUCAGUGUUAUAAUGAAUAUUUGUGUCGUUCUAAGGAGGGGUUCACUAGUGCAUUGUGUGUCUUGGUUCAAUACAGACUGCCCUCACACAUUAAGAAAGUUGUAUGUGUAUAUGUGUCACUGUGUGUAUGCAUGAUUGUAUAAGUGUGCGUGUGUGGACAAUGUGUGUGAGCGUGUACGUAAGUGUGUGUGCAUGGGCGUGCCUGCAUGUAUGUCUGUAUGUACGUGUAAGUUGCUGGACUGGAGACAAAAAAAAUCAACUAAAAAUAAACCAAAAAAAAAGAUAAAAUACUAAUAAUAAUGUAGUAAUGUGCUGGCAAAAACAUAGAUUACUAACUUUAAUUUUAACUCUGGAUUUGAUUACCUUUAUGCACUAGCUUUAAAACAUAAUUCUGAGCCAUUGUUUGCAGAUGCCAUGCAAUUACUUCAGUAUGCAAUGGUAGAGUGUAGUAGGAAGGCAAUCUGUUAACAGUCGCUCUUGCUGUAAUGCGGGGAAUAGUGUAUAGGGGUCAGAUCAUGCGUUCCUGCUUGCACGACUCAACUAAAACACGUCACUUCUAAUCAGGAUUGAAGAGAAAGUCCUGUUUGUGGUUUAACUGCAUUGAUAAGGCAUUACUGCUCCCAGAAGAACAGUGCAGGCAGGAACAAAUAUGCAGUCUCAUCUUUCUCCAUCAUAACUCAAAUUUGUUAUUCCCAAGAGACACAGUUGCCUCCAGAGUUUACAUGUAUGGUCUGGGUCGUGUCAUUGUAGAAAGGAGGAGGAAUGGUUUCAAGUAACAAGGGGAGUAGAGGUGGGAAAGUUGGAAUUAUUAGUACAGGAAGCUGACACACUUUAUAAAUGCUAGAUAGUGCUUAGUUUUCUUCUCCUUUUUGAAGAGCCUACCCUUAACUCAUCUGCCUGUUACAUUCCGAAAGAAUAUAUCCAGUGUUGUUUUUAUCCUAAUUCUGUACAUCGUCACCACCUAUUUUCUUGUUUUCUUGUUGGCAAAAUUAUUCCUUACUAAAUCUGUGAUCUACAAAGUGCUGAGAAGUUCUCUUCCACAUGUCAUUACUGAAUAAACUUUUAGUCUUA